AUGUUGUGUGCGCCGGUUAAACUUCAGAAGACAUCUCUCAAGAGCUCUGUGGGUAGAACUGUCGAGUCGAAGAGAUGGUCACGAAGAUCCUGUUCCGUCAGUUGCCCCGGCUCUAAGCCCAGUCGAACUGCUGGUCGAGUCGACUCCAGCCCCGGCUCCAGGCCCGGUCGAACUGCUGGUCGAGUCGAUUUUUGCUCAAGAACUCCAGCCCCGGCUCUUAGCCCGAUCGAACUGCUGGUCGAGUCGACUCCAGCCCCGGCUCCAAGCCCGGUCGAAUUGCUGAAGUCGAUUUCUGGUACAAGGACUCUAGCCGUUCCAACAGCACCCGUCGCCACGGCCGAAUUCGUCACAAAUUCUCUAUCGACACGCUUGCCUGAGUUCGUGUACGAUCCGGAAAAUGGUUGUACAUUCGAGGUCUGGUACAACCGCUACGAGGAUGUAAUCUCAAAAGACGGUGCUAUGUUGGACGAUGCAGUAAAAGCUCGACUAAUCGUCUCCAAACUCGACGCCGUCACAUAUGCCCAAUUCACGAACCAUAUUCUCCCUAAAAGAGCAUGCGAUGUGCCCUUAACGGACACCGUGGUUGUUCCGAAGGAAUUGUUCGGACAUAAGAUGUCAGUAUUCGAGAGACGCUACGCUUACCUCAAAACACAGCGAAAUGAGGAAAGUCUCCGCGACUACACCGGAUUGGUCAAUCAGCGCCAUGCCAUGGCUGAAUUCAAUGACGUCACACCUGAGCAGAUGAAAUGCCUCGUAUGGAUAUGUGGACUUGGCGCCCCGCAACAUGCCGAUGUACGCGCUCGUGCCCUUCGCAAGAUGGAGGACAACCCUUAA